AUGGCCCGCCAUGAGCUGAAGCUCUUGCGGUCAAUCCGCUCGCCAUGGCGUCAAUCUGUCCGCAGGCGCCCUGCUCUCCGCUAUAACUCGACCAAACCAGGUCCGAAGAAUGCGGACGACCCAGAUUUUGUCUCCAUCGUCGAUGCUCCUCCCAAGCUUAUAUCAACCCGGAAGAAGAACUCCAAGCUGGGUAUUGCCAUUCUAGCUGUCAUCCCGUUGACCGCCUUCGUUCUCGGCAGCUGGCAGGUUCAGCGCCUUGAAUGGAAAACCAGACUGCUAGCCAAAUUUGAGGAUCGGCUGGUCCGUCCACCACUACCUCUCCCCCCGCGGAUUGACCCCGAGGCCAUCAGCGAGUUCGACUAUAGAAGAGUUUAUGCCACGGGCAAAUUGAUACACGAGAAGGAGAUGCUUAUUGGACCCAGGACGCAAGACGGAAACGAUGGAUAUCUGGUUGUCACACCCUUGGAGCGGGAUGACGCCGCCAGCACGAUCCUGAUCAAUCGCGGCUGGAUCAGCAAGGACAAGAAAUACCAACAAGAUCGAGAUCCUUCGUCGCUGCCGCGUGGGGAAAUCACAGUGCACGGGCUGCUCAGAGAGCCCUGGAAGAAGAACUAUUUCACCCCCGACAACAAGCCCGCAGACGGCAAAUUCUACUUUCCGGAUGUAUAUGAAAUGGCAAAUAUUUCAGGCGCGGAGCCUGUCUGGAUCGAAGAGACUAUGAAGCCAGAUCUACUCGUCAGCUAUGACCGACAGAUAAAGGGCAUCCCCAUUGGAAGAGCCCCGGAAGUCAAUCUCCGGAACAAUCACCUACAGUAUAUUGUUACCUGGUAUUCACUAUCCGCCGCCACCACUCUCAUGAUGUGGAUGGUCCUCCGGAAAAAACCAACAGAUCUCACUAGAAGGGUCCGUCACAGCACCAACUGGUGA